GUGUGUUUGGCACUUUGGCACACGUAUCCGUGCUUCGAAGUCGGACGGUUGGACUUUGUUCUUUCUCUUUCAUCGAUCUCUUUUGCGAUUUCUCGUGUCAUCGACAUCGAAUUCAAUCAUCUCUCGCAUUUGAGACAGUAGUUUUUUUUUUAAAUUACAGUAUAUAUAUAUAUAUAUAUAUAUAUAUAUAUAUAUUCGGAGAGUUGAAAGGAGGACAAUACCGGAGCUGAAUAGAAAAUGGGUUCAGUUUCCAGUACAAAACGAUCCGUCAUGCCUGCGACGCGCGACCUCGUCAACGACCUCAUCGCAAAGGACUCGAUCGUCAUAUUCUCCAAGUCCUACUGUCCGUACUGUAAAAUGGCCAAAGAGGUAUUCGACAAGCUGAAGAAGAAGUACUCGACGAUAGAGCUGGACGACAGGGAGGACGCGCAGGAGAUACAGGAUGUGCUGGGCGAGUUAACGGGCGCGAGGACGGUGCCCAGAGUGUUCCUCAACGGCGAGUGUCUGGGUGGCGGUACCGAUGUGAAGAAAUUGUUCGAGAACGGCGAGCUUGAAAAAAAACUUUCGACUCUCGCACACUGAAAACAACCUUCAGGACGCGAAGUGUCUUGUAACGAAUUGUAAUAAUAAAUAUAUUGUUUUAAUUUUAUAACAAAGUACAUAAUAAUACGCUUUGCGCUCUCUUUGAGGCGACAUCACGAGUGCGACAAACGCGCAACAGAAGAAGGUGAUGAUGUGCGCGAUGAAAUAUUCAAGAAAUCUAUUUUUUUUUUUUUAUAUAUAUAUAUCGCUCCGAAAUUUAAAAAACUUGUACUUAAAAAUUUUGUAUAAGAUUCACAAAUAUGUGUGUACAUAAGGCUGCGUCAAUGUUUGUCAUAUAUUUAUCGCUGAUGUAAUUUGUGUUUCCGAAGCGAAGCGCAUUCAUUAUCAUUUGAAUUUGUCUAAGUAAUGAAUUAUGUAUAACAAAAUAUGACUCGCGAUAUAUAAACGUAAAAAUAGAAAAACGUCUUUUGUUGCUACA